AGUGUGUUUACCCGGAGCACAGUGACAGCUGAUAGCAGGAAGGGGCUUGAUUUGGCCACUUACAGAGCGAUUUAUGUUCACUGAAUGAAUAAGUCGUCAGAAAAACUGAAAUAUUACGCAGUGGAAUGUCCAAAUAUUGCAGUAAUCCGGUCUGUUUGUCGCGGAGAAUUGAACUUUGCUCUUCUUCAUUCACUCUUGGCCGGCUAGCCUGCUAGCUUGCCGAGCUAGGCUAGCAUUAGCUCCAGCAGGACUCCAUCUUUGAAAUAUCAGCCAUACACAGGAAGCAGCAUGGUGGACAAGAACAUCUACAUCAUCCAGGGUGAGAUCAGUACGGUGGUUGGUGCCAUCAAGAGGAACUCCAGAUGGAACACCCACACGCCUCUAGAUGAAGAACAGGACCCACUACUCAACAGCUUUGGACACCUGAAGGACAUACUCAACAACAUCAAAGAGCUGUCAGACAUUGAGCCCAACGUUUUCCUGAGGCCUUUUCUAGAAGUGGUGCGCUCUGAGGACACCACUGGACCAAUCACAGGCCUCGCCCUCACCUCUGUCAACAAGUUCCUGUCCUACGGCCUCAUAGAUGCAAACCAUGAGGCAGCAGCAGAGGCCAUAGAGAACAUGGCAGACGCCGUCACACACGCCAGAUUUGUAGGAACUGAUCCAGCCAGUGAUGAAGUGGUGCUGAUGAAAAUACUGCAGGUGCUGCGGACUCUGCUGCUGACGCCUGUUGGAGCUCAUCUGACCAAUGAGUCUGUGUGUGAGAUCAUGCAGUCCUGUUUCCGAAUCUGCUUUGAAAUGCGUCUCAGUGAGCUCCUCAGGAAGUCUGCAGAACACACUCUGGUGGACAUGGUGCAGCUGCUGUUCUCCAGACUACCCCAAUUCAAAGAGGAGGCCAAGAGUUUCGUUGGUGCCAACAUAAAGAAGUUGAAGAUGCGUGCUGGUGGGAUGAGUGAGUCAUCCAAAUGGAAGAAGCAGAAGCGUUCGCCCAGACCACCUCGUCACAUGGUGCGAAGUCCAUCUGGGCAGACGGAUCCGGCUCAGACCACCACCCUCAGCAACAACAACCUGUCAGGUGGAGUCCCGUUCAUCGAACAGGGUUCCUCCAUUUCGGGCCUCCCUGCUUCAGAGAGCUCUGCCUCUUCCAUCUCCAGCCCCACCACCACAGACAGUGGUCUGGACACAUGUUCUAAGGCCACAUCCAGAGAGGACCUGUCAGACCUGGACCAGAACAGCCCAUCUGCAACCACACCCAGCACAGCUGCAGCACCCCCCAGACCUGAACCAGGAUCUGCAGACCCACAGGUCGAACCGGCUCAGUCCACCUCUGUCGAGUCCAUCCCUGAGGUUCUGGAGGACAAAGACUCAGUCACAGAACAGUCAGACAGCGCAUCUGUCCAUGAUAUGGACUACGUCAACCCCCGAGGAGUCCGCUUUACCCAGUCCACGCAGAGAGACGGAGCGUCCCUGAUCCCCUACGGUCUGCCUUGUCUAAGGGAACUUUUCCGCUUCCUGAUCUCGCUGACGAACCCUCACGACCGCCAUAACACCGACGCCAUGAUGCACAUGGGCCUGCAGCUGCUGACCGUGGCCCUGGAGGCGGCUCACAUGGCCAACUACCAGUCUCUGUUGGGUCUGGUUAAAGACGAGCUCUGCAGACACCUGUUCCAGUUGCUGAGUGUGGACCGGAUGAACCUCUACGCUUCAUCAAUACGAGUCUGCUUUUUACUGUUUGAGAGCAUGAGAGUACAUCUGAAGUUUCAACUUGAGAUGUACCUGAAGAAGCUGAUGGAUAUCAUCACGUCAGAGAACAUGAAGAUGCCCUAUGAGAUGAAGGAGAUGGCGCUGGAGGCUCUGGUGCAGCUGUGGAGGAUCCCCAGCUUCGUCACUGAGCUCUACAUCAACUACGACUGUGACUUCUACUGCUCCAACCUGUUUGAAGACCUCACCAAGCUGCUGUCCAAGAAUGCCUUCCCAGUGUCAGGUCAGCUCUACACCACCCACCUCCUGUCCUUAGAGGCUCUGCUGACUGUGAUUGACAGCACUGAGGCCCACUGCCAGGCCCAGGUCCUCAACAGCACUGACCAAUCACAAACCCUGCAGCCAGAGGAGGACGCCAGCAAGGACGGGACGGACACCAGUGAUGUUCACAGACUGAGCAGCACUAAUGGACCGACUCCUUCCCAAAGUGACAGUUCCCCAGUGUGUCCACCCACCAGUGGACAUCUGAUGGCAGACAAAAUGAGACUGGGUCGGCAGGAUCAAGGAGACAAUGACAUCGGUGAGAAAAGAGCCUCGAAGAAGCCUCAGCGUUUCUCCUCAUCUUUACCCGAUUCCCAGGAGUUGAUGGAAAUCAGAACCAAGAAAAAGCUGCUGAUCACCGGCACAGAACAGUUUAACCAGAAGCCAAAGAAAGGGAUCCAGUUCCUGCAGGAGAAGGGUCUGCUCAGAGACCCCAUGGACAACAACCAGGUGGCCCAGUGGCUCCGAGAAAACCCACGCCUCGACAAGAAGAUGAUCGGGGAGUACAUCAGCGACCGCAAGAACAUGGAGCUCCUGGACAGCUUCGUCAAUACAUUCACCUUCCAGGGCCUUCGCAUCGACGAGGCCCUGCGGCUCUACCUGGAGGCCUUCAGACUCCCAGGAGAAGCCCCGGUCAUCCAGAGACUCCUGGAAACAUUCACUGACAACUGGCAUAAAGUCAACGGCUCUCCUUUCAUGACUAACGAUGCUGGCUUUGCCUUGGCCUACGCUGUGAUCAUGCUGAACACCGACCAACACAACCACAACGUACGCAAACAGAACAUCCCCAUGACAGUAGAGGAUGGAAGAGCACACAGCAGCAGCAGCAGCAGCUGGAGGACCACUGAGAGCUGGCCCCCCCCCAUGGCAUUGCCCCAGCUGUGUCCAGUUCUGCUGGAACCACACAGACCAGGGUCAUGUGUCCAGUUCUGCUGGUACCACACAGACCAGGGUCAGACCAUCAGACACAGUCUGAACGGAGGUUACCGUAACCAUGACAAGAAGAAGAGCCACAAGUACGACUCAUCCAAAUCCCGUCUGAGGAAGAAGGCGGGCGGACGUGAGAAGGAGGCCGGGGGCGGAGCCAGGCGAGGCGGCGGCAGGGCGUCCGGCCAGCGUCCGUCUCGUUCUCAUAGUGACGACGAGGAGGACGAGGGCAUCCCUGCCAGCUACCACACGGUGUCAUUACAGGUUAGUCAGGACUUGUUGGACCUCAUGCACACUCUCCACACUCGAGCUGCCAGUAUCUACAGCUCCUGGGCUGAGGAGCAGCGCCACCUGGAGGCUGCAGGAAGGAAGAUCGAGGCCGACUCCCAGACUCUGUGGACCAGCUGCUGGUGUCCACUGCUGCAAGGCAUUGCGUGGCUGUGCUGUGAUGCCAGACGUCAGGUUCGCAUGCAGGCUCUCACCUACCUGCAGAGGGCGCUGCUGGUCCACGACCUGCAGACUUUAGACGCCGCUGAGUGGGAGUCCUGUUUUAAUAAGGUCCUUUUCCCUCUGCUGACCAAGCUGCUGGACAACAUCAGUCCUGCAGACGUGGGUGGAAUGGAGGAGACCAGGAUGAGAGCCUGUACUCUGCUGUCCAAGGUCUUCCUACAGCACCUGUCCCCCCUGCUGUCCCUGCCCACCUUCGCUGCUCUGUGGCUCACCAUUCUGGACUUCAUGGACAAGUACAUGCACGCAGGAUCCAGUGACCUACUGCUGGAGGCCAUCCCUGAGUCUCUGAAGAACAUGCUGCUGGUGAUGGACACAGCAGGGAUCUUCCACAGCGCAGACUCCAGAACCGGGUACUCGGACCUGUGGGAGAUCACCUGGGAACGCAUCGUCUGCUUCCUGCCUCACCUGAGGGAGGAGCUCUUCAAACAGACUGUCAUACCAGAUGCGGUACCCGGUGCUCCGGCAGAGUCUGUUCAGCCUUCAGCUCCAGCGGCUCGGCCUCCGUCGCCUCAGGCAGCUCCGCCUCCGGCCCAGCCCCCGUCUCCGGUCCCCUUCCCGGUGAGCCCGACAGAACCACAGCCCCCCAGCAGGCCUGCGUCACCACAGGACCCACAACCAUCCAGUGCCAACGGUAACUACACCCCCCACCCCCCCAACCCCACUUACCAACCGGUCGUCCCCGCCCCCCCCUCCAUGUCCCCCAUCCCCGUGCCCUUAGCGGCCCCGCCCCCUCAGACCGCCCAGCCCCCCCUCAUCCUGCAGCCCUUGGCCUCCCCCCUCCAGGUGGGAGUCCCACCCAUGUCCCUGCCCAUCAUCCUGAACCCCGCCCUCAUCGAGGCCACGUCCCCGGUGCCGCUGCUGCCCGGACCCAGACCCACCAGCCCGUCCGACGAGGUCAAAUAAACGGGCCGGAACCAGAACCCUGAUGUGUGAUCCAGUCAAAGACCACAACAACAACAGGUGGACAGUCCUGAGUAAGAAGCUCCCCCCCCCCCCCCCCCCGAAACAUUUACAUUUAAAGGAACAAACCACCCAAAGACCACACGGUCCCACCCCUGAAUCUGAAUAAAACCUGUUGACGGAUGGGUCCCACCCCUGAAUCUGAAUAAAACCUGUUGACGGAUGGGUCCCACCCCUGAAUCUGAAUAAAACCUGUUGACGGAUGGGUCCCACCCCUGAAUCUGAAUAAAACCUGUCGACAGUUGGAUUUGAUCCACUAGAGCUGACGGUUCGACGGUGAAAGUCGAGCAUUUUUACACUGAACACGUUGAAAUUGACGUCUUCAAAUUCCAUUUUUAUUAUUGGCUGUAUGUGCAUGUGAUGAACAAAAGAAAGGGUUUAGAAAUGCCUUCGUACGAGCGGGGCUACAGCUCUAAUCACAAUUAGUAUUUAAGAUGGAUUGUUAAUUAUUGAAGUAAUGUUUUAGAGCUGAAACGAUUAAUCCAUUAGGUGCUUGAAGUGAAUGCAAAAAAUUCAUGAUUCGAUUAAUCGACUGGAACUGAUUGAAGGGAGAUAUUCUAUGGCAGUUUUCCUGAACUGAAGCUUUUUGUGCAUCGCAAUAAGUGUCCGUGUGAAACACAACAGUGGAACCAAUGUUUAACAGCAGAGAAAUGAAGGAAACAAAGCUUUGGUUCAGCAGAAAGAUGGUUGAAGGAUUGUUUUUGGAUCACUUUGAGUCAAUUAAUCGUUUCAGCUCUAAAAUUUUUAAAGAAUUUAGUUUUAUCUGUUUUUUUGAACAUUUGUCGUCAUUUACUGACAUUUUUGGAGCCUGACUCAGUCUAAUCAUUGGAAUGAUGGUCCAAACCCCAGAACCAGGACCAGGACUGAACACCAGGUCCAGGUUUCAGCUCUGGUUCCUGUGGUGGAAUGUUCCUUUAAUGAGCCUCAUGUGGUUCAUGUGGGACCUGUCAAUCAUCUCCACUCCAGAUCUGAGGGUUGGGGGGCGGGGGGCAGGGGGUGGGGUCAGGUCCUGCAUGUUAGACAUUUAAUAGGAUUAGAGCCGAACUUUGACCUCAGUGAGUCCGAUCGGAAAUGUACAGAACCAGAAUAACCGUGUGGAUCCAUAAACCGAGGCUGGGCGAUGGCGUGCUGCCGUCAGGGACACAGACUGACCCGUUCUCAGCCGCCGUUUCUUUCUUUCCGAAAAUCCUAAUGAGCUUUUUCAGCCCCAGUUUUUGGUUUGAGGCGCCGUAUUGAUCCAGACGGAACAAACAUUCCUACAUGUGCACAGUUAAAGGAGGAGGAGCCCCGUUUACGGGCCCGUUAAAGGAGGAGGAGCCCCGUUUGCGGGCCCGUCUGGUCCAAACGGGUCGGUUCUGUGGAAGAAAAUCACCGUUAGACUGAACUCAGGCCGUCGCCUCUGAAACCAGAAGCAUUCGAUGAACGUUUCAUCUGCGUCUGGAUCAGCUGAUCAGAGUUUAACCUGGUUCAACAGGACAAACCCUGGACUCUGACAAGGGAGUCCAGGACCCGGGUCUGGAUCUGGACCACAAGGUUCAUCUCUGCUGCCAUGUCCCACAAUGCAGUGUGUUGACCCGAUGGCGGGGUCAAAGGUCACGGUCGACACAAACCAAACCAUCAGAAAAGCCUUUAAGUGUAAAUGAACUGUUUGUAGAAAUGGGAUGAGAAACCCAACUGGGUCCAUCUGGGUCCAUCUGGGUCCAACUGGGUCCAUCUGGGUCCAACCAGGUCCAUCUGGGUUCAUCUGGGUUCAUCUGGGUCCAGCCGGGUUCAUCUGGGUCCGUCUGACUGCUGCUCCUGCUUCACCUCCUCAUUUGACAGAUUUAAACCUGGUUUUCUGGAGCUUUUAAAUAGAAUUCCACCUGAAAUCUGUUCUAAAUUUGACCCGAUGUGAGUCGGUAAAGUUUGUUGAAAUGUUUGUGUUUGUGUUUGUGUGUCCAGAUUCAUAUGUAUGUGUUCACACCCAACAAACAAACAAACAAACAAACAAACAAACAAACAAACAAACACCAAGAGGAAAACCCCCAGAGUCACAGACACAAACAUGAAAACCUCCGUUCAGAUCUGGGUUUAGUCUGGACUGGUUUUACACCUGUAAACGUGGUUCAGGACCCUGAUCCAGACCCACCAGCUGGUCUGGACCACAGGAGCAGAACUCAAACCGGAUCAGGAACCAGGUUCAUUUCAGAUUUUGGGAUCACUUUCAGACACUGUGGGUCCAGAUGUAGGUCCAGAUGUAGGUCCAGAUGGGGGUCCCGUUUCUGUCGUUGCAUGCUGACUCUGCCUCGUGUACAAGUACGACUGGAUGCCAAAUGUGUCAACUGGACCAGACCGGAUCCUGGACCAGACUCGAUCCUGGACCAGACUGGAUCCUGGAUGGUGGUCAUAGUGUUGGUUGAUGGUUAUUUAUUGGGCAGGUGGAGGUGAGGGGGUGUGUCCAUGGUGAGUGGGCGUGUCCAUGGAAGGACAGUGAGUCAGUGGAUGAAACACUACAGCCAAUCAGAACCACCGUCACACUGACACUGCUAAACAGACGGGUUCUGAUUGGCUGGACCAGACUCAUGUGAUCAGAAGAGGAUUUUGACUUGAACUGAAAAUGACAUGAAUAUAAUGUGUGUACAUAUAUAUAUAAAUAUAUAUAUAUAUAUAUAUAUAUAAAUGGAAGCUAAUGUACUUUUUACAGUGUAAUAAAUUCAAUGUAAAGUCGUCA